UAGUCGCAAGCAAAAUUAAAUAGGCCACUCUGACACUAUUUAGACGAAACUCUUCUUACCAAGAACGCUACAAAAUAAAAUAAAAUAAAUAAAUAAUAGGUUCCACAAGGCUGUUCUGUCUUGGUAUUCAGUAUGACUUUUUAUCAUUUGAAUUUGCUGAAGCCUUCAAACGAUCUUUAUUGAGUUAUACAGCUGUGAUGAAUACACUUGGGUCGUUGAUAACCCUGGUAAUAAUACUAAUACUAAUAAAACUAAUACUAAUACUAAACUAAUACGAAACCUAAUAACGUUUGCCUGUCUAUUUUGUUUUAAGUGGCGUGCGAGUGAGGCGUCUUCUUUUUGUCAAUCUUUGUUUUAGGUCACCUGACAAAUAAUGGACAAGAUACAAAACAUUGCAGUCGGCAGCUCACGAGGCAGCGACAGGAAAUCACAAGCACAAAUAACGAGUAUAACUUUACUUAACACUGUAUGUGCUCACCAGGGAUACUUCUAUGAAUGGAUCCUACUCCGACUACUACGGCACCUUUGCAAGGCGACAGCGAGACAGGGGCAAGUUCUAUUUGGAGCUGGUGGCCUUCCUGGCGUCCAACAUCCAUGUCCUUAUUGAAGGCCACAGAGAGCAAGAUUCUUAGCUGUAUUCAAAAUAAUCUAUGGGCCAGGUUUGUGACUCUUCCAAGUCAAGAUCGAAUAUGGACUCUGACCCUGACCGACAAAACAGGUCCAAAACCCGAAGAGCAAGAUUCUAAAAUGCCACUGGUGAUGGUCCAUGGUUUUGGAGGAGGGGUGGGACUAUGGAUUAGGAACCUGGAUGCACUGAGCCGGUCACGGCCUGUUUAUGCCUUCGACCUCCUGGGUUUCGGUAGGAGCUCCCGACCUUCUUUCCCUUCUGAUGCUGCCAAAGCAGAGGAGCAGUUUGUCAACUCCAUAGAACAGUGGAGACAGUCUGUAGGUUUGGAGAACAUGAUUCUGCUGGGCCACAGCCUGGGCGGGUAUCUGGCUACAUCAUACGCCAUCCAAUACCCUUCGAGAGUGUCUCAUCUUAUCCUGGUUGAUCCGUGGGGUUUCCCUGAGAGACCACAGAUCCGGAGCCAUGAAAUUCAAGGUCAGGCCACAGAGUUGGUAAAGAGGCCAUCUCCACCUCGCUGGGUGAAGGCUAUUAUUUCAGUAGUUUCCCUCUUCAAUCCUCUGGCUGUCAUCAGAGCAGCAGGCCCAUGGGGUCCGGGAUUGGUCAAUCGAUUUCGUCCCGAUUUCAAAAGGAAAUUUGAAGAUCUGUUUGAUGAUGACACUAUGGCACAGUACAUCUACCAUUGUAACGCACAGCCCCCGAGCGGCGAGGUGGGUUUCCGGGCCAUGGCUGAGUCUUUGGGUUGGGCGAAGAGACCUAUGCUGCAGCGGGUCCCUCUGCUACCCAGCUCCAUGCCACUCACCAUGCUGUAUGGAGCCCAGUCAUGGGUUGAUAGUUCGUCCGGGGACAAUGUGGUCCAGGUUAGGAGCCCCGCUCGCACCAAAGUGCUGCUGAUAAAUGAUGCCUCUCACCACGUGUAUGCUGAUCAACCGGAGAGGUUCAACAGAGUGGUAGAAAAUAUAUGCAACUCAGUUAACUGAAUAGAGUUCACGUGUAUGUAAUACUGUAUGUGUACUGUGUACUGUACAUAAAGACAAAUUCAGGAAGUUUCUUCAUGUACCUGUGUAUCUUCGGCAUUCUUCAUGAGUAUGAAUGACGUUUUGUCCUGAUCUCAUAGUAGUAAGUUAUUCAUACAGUAUAAAAUAUCAAAACUCUGUUUUUUAAAAAAAAAAUAUAUAUAUAUAUAUAUUAUUUAGCACUUCAUUUCUUUUGAACCUAUUCAAGGUAUACACUGUAUUUAGCUCGAACCAUACUGUCCAUUGUUGACUCUUGACUUGAAUGGAGACUCCUUUGUCAUAAGCAGCCAAUUAGUUGCUUUUCAUUUGCUUUAAACAAGCUUUUUAAGCAUAAUAGGACUUGGAGGAUUAUUACUGUAAUAUUUAGCAUUUUGCCAAGUAAAAAAAAAAAAGACACUAAUAUUUCAUCUUAUUUUUCUUUUCAUGAUUGCUAAAUCUCUGAUUUUGCUUGUGAUUGAAUUGUGUACAUUGAAAACAAUAAAACAUUUUAGUCCUU